UCUUUUCUCCGGCAUCAUGAGUCCAGCACAAUGGGAUCUUCCUCCAGAGCUGUGCUGCAGACCCAUGGCUUUUGUGGCUCUGACAGGCUUGGAUGUGGUUUAUAAUGCCAUCCACAGAGCCAUAUGGGAUGCUUUUUGUGCCAACCGGCGGGCAGACAGAGUGCCCAUCUCUUUCAAAGUUCUACCAGGAGACCAUGAGUAUCCAAAGUGCAGAACCAAGAGAACAUCCUAUGAGUGGUACAUUCCUAAAGGGAUUCUGAAGACGGGCUGGAUGAACAAGCAUCUCAAUCUGGUGCCUGCUCUGGUGGUGCUGUUUUAUGAGCUGGACUGGGAUGAUCCACAGUGGAAGGAAAAACAGUCUGAAUGUGCUACCAAAGUGGAGAUUGUCAGAACAAGUUUACAAGGAAGGAACACAAAGGUCGCUGUUGUUUUGAUUCAGAAGAAAACCCCUCUCCCACCAGGUGAAGAUCUGGUGGCUUCUGAAAGGGCUUCUGCUCUGUGUGGAGCCUGUGAUCUGUCUGGAAAAUCCCUGUUUGUUCUGCCCCACACUGACCACCUGGUGGGAUACAUCAUCAGGCUGGAGAAUGCAUUCUACGAACAUGCUCAAACCUACUAUUAUAAUGAGAUCCGAAGAGUGAAAUCCCACAAGGAGUUUCUCAACAAAACGACACACCAGUUGCUGUUUGUGAGGCACCAGUUUAAGAUGGGUUUCUUCAGUGAACUAAAGCAGGACACUCAGAACGCCCUCAAGUAUUACAGGACUGCAUAUAGUCUCGUUCACGAACUCCGAGCUCACGAAACCAACGUGCUUGAGAUCAAAACCAUGGCCGGAUUCAUCAACUACAAGAUCUGCAGGCUCUGCUUUCAGCACAACACUCCGCUGGAUGCCAUCGCUCAGUUCCGCAAGCACAUCGACCUGUGUAAGAAGAAGAUUGGCAGCGCCGAGCUGGCGUUUGAACACACCGCCUGGAUGUCCAAACAGUUCCAGUCGUUUGGUGAUCUGUUCGAUGAGGCCAUUAAACUGGGUCUCACCGCCAUCCAGACCCAGAACCCAGGCUUCUACUAUCAGCAGGCGGCUUAUUAUGCACAGGAGCGCAAGCAGCAAGCCGGACAGCUCUGUAGUCAUGAGCCAGGAGUGGGCUAUCCUGCACCCGACCCAUUAGAGACCACUUCUGGAGCUCUAGACUUCUACGGACAGAGACCUUGGAGACAGGGACAUCAGAGUAUUGAUCCCCCUGACUCUGAGAAGGAGAAACAGGGCAUCCUCGCUCUUCAAGUCAAAGAGAAAGACGUGCUUCAUUCGGAGCUGAUCAUUGCUCUCCUCAGCAAUGCUGUGGCACAGUUUAAGAAGUACAAAUGUCCACGAAUGAAGAGUCAUCUCAUGGUUCAAAUGGGAGAGGAGUAUUAUCAUGCAAAAGACUACACCAAAGCAUUAAAGCUGUUGGAUUAUGUGAUGUGCGAUUACCGUACGGAGCGCUGGUGGUCUCUGUUGACUUCUAUCCUGUGCACGGCUCUUAAGUGCUCAUACCUCAUGGGACAAGUCAAAGACUACAUCAUCUACUCCAUGGAGCUUGUGGGCAGAGCCUCUGUCCUCUCUGAAGAUCAGAAAUCCAGGAUUGAGAAGAAUCUGAUUAAAGUGCUCAUGAAUGAAGUCCCUGAGCCUGAACCCGACUGUGAUCCGGUCUCUGUAAAGGCGGCCCAAUCUCUGUGGAGUGACCGUGUCUCUCUGGCUGGCAAUAAUGAGUUCACCAUUGAUGUCCAGGACUAUGUGCCCUUUGUUCAGUGCAAAGCCAAGUUCCUGUCCCCCAGUUUCCACAUCGAUGAGCCUGUCCAGCUGCAUGUCUACGUGAGAGCCGACUGUCCACAUCCGGUGCGCUUCUCAAAGCUGUGCGUCAGCCUCAGCAACCAGGAGUAUAACCAGUACUGUUUGCUUGAAGACGCUUAUAAAGGCAAGGAUAUUCUAGAACCUUCCUCCCAGGAAAACAUGUGUCUCGUCCCUGGCAAAACCCGCAAGUACUGCUUCAACUUUGUAGCCAAAACAGAAGAUGUUGGAAAGAAAAUUGAGAUCACCAGUGUGGGACUCAUGUUAGGUCGAGAAACGGGCCGUUACGUCUAUCUGAACUGGCGGGGCGGUUGGGGAGAUGCGGCCUCUUCCCAUGAGACUUUGCAAGCUUCCCGCUCUUUUAAGAGGAGGACACGCCUCCCUGAGCAGCAUGUGGACUGGGACACAGUGUCUAUACAGUCUAGUACUAUGAUUAUCUCUAGAGUGCCCAAAAUCUCUGUACAGCUGACUCAUGAGCCUCCAGCGCUGACCAAUGAGAUGUUCUGUAUGACUGUUACCAUCAAAUCAGAAGAAGACACUGUGGCCAAAGACAUCAAACUCACUGCAGGCCUCAAACCAGGCCAGGAUGCCAAUCUCACACAGUCCACCCAAAUCACACUAAACGGCUCCGAGGUGUGUGACGAUUCUCAUCCCGCCCUGCUUCCUGACAUUCCCCUCGGAGAUCUGCAACCUGGCCAGAAGAUUGUGAAGCCUCUGUAUAUCCGCUGCGUGAGCACUGGAUCCAGAAUAUUACUGUUUCAUGUAGCCUAUUCAGUGAGCGCCACGGUCGAGGGCAAGGACAUUACUUGCAAGUGUCACAAAGAUGAAACUGUUACUGUCGAAACGGUUGUUCCCUUUGAAGUGGCUAUGAAGUUUGUGUCCAGUAAGUUUGAGCAUUUGGAGCGCGUGUAUGUGGAUAUCCCAUUCUUGCUGAUGAUGGAUAUUUUGAGUGCGUCUCCCUGGCCAAUCCAGCUGGUGGAAAGUGAAGUCCAGCUGGCCUCCAGUAUGACCGCCAUUGAUCAGCCCCAAAGUCAAGUGGAAGGAGUCACGCUGCAGACUAGUGAGUGUGCCAGUGAGUGUUUCCUGCUUAAAUGUCCUCCUGUUCAGAACGGCACCAGCACUGUCGCCUCAGGACACUACAUCAUUUCCUGGAAGAGAAAGUCUACAUUUACUGAGACGUCAGUGGUGAGAACCGUCAUUACUCUGCCACAUGUGAUGGUGGAGAAUAUUCCACUAUAUGUCCAUGCAGAGGUGCCGUCGUUUGGACGUGUGCGCGAGUCUUUACCAGUUCGGUACCAUCUAGAAAAUCGGACUGGCUUGGUUCAGGAUGUCGAGAUCAGUGUGGAGCCCAGUGAUGCUUUUAUGUUUAGUGGACUCAAACAGGUGCGAAUGAGGAUUUUGCCGGGUGCUGAACAGGAGAUGUUGUAUAAUUUCUAUCCUCUGAUGGCGGGAUAUCAAGUCCUCCCUCAGCUCAACAUCAACCUGCUGCGCUUUCCAAACAUCUCCAGUCAGCUGCUGCGCCGUUUUCUACCAUCGCGCAUCUUUGUCAAGCCUCAAGGCAGAAAUGGAGACACUUCUAUAGAAGCAGCGUGAGGAAGAGCGAAUCACAUCUCCUAACUCCCACUGCAGGAUGAAGACUGAACAUUCCUCAGAGAACACACACCUUUACAGCUUAAGGAUUUGAACAUGUGAAUGUUAGAAAUCACAGUUGAUUUGUUUGUUGUGUGACAUGUCUAGAGCGUGUUGCUUGUUAAAACCAGGCUGAAAUGAUUUGUUUUUAAUCUAACAGAUUUCAUCUACAGUACUGCUAACCACCGUAUUCUUGAAAGAUGGUCCUGUAACUAAAACUACAUAACUAAUAAUGUUUGAAGUCAUUAAACUGACAUGGCACUA